UUGUCCUUCUACCACUGUCUUAAAAGGGAUUCUAAAGGGAUUUUCUUUCCCUUGUUCCUCCAGCCCUACACUUGCAUUACUGGCCUAAGUGGAUACUCACCAGCUGGCCGUGUCCAUCAUUACAGCCAAGUCUGAGAAUUCCUGAUUAUACUUAGAGUCAGUGGAGCUGCUGACACAAACAGUCAUUAGCAGACGACCCUUUUGGAACAAACUAUGCUUUAAAAUGUAAACUGGGGGGGGGGGCAUUUUCCUUGUGUUGUCCAGAAAGAACUUUCUGCUGCCUGAGCCUGGAUUAAUCAUGAGAGAGCUUGUCAACAUUCCACUGGUACAUAUUCUUACUUUGGUUGCCUUCAGCGGGACUGAGAAACUUCCAAAAGCCCCUGUCAUCACCACUCCUCUUGAAACAGUGGAUGCCUUAGUUGAAGAAGUGGCUACUUUCAUGUGUGCAGUGGAAUCCUAUCCUCAGCCUGAAAUUUCCUGGACCAGAAAUAAAAUUCUCAUUAAGCUCUUUGACACCCGGUACAGCAUUCGGGAGAACGGUCAGCUCUUCACCAUCCUGAGCGUGGAAGACAGCGAUGAUGGCAUUUACUGCUGCAUAGCCAACAAUGGCGUGGGAGGAGCUGCCGAGAGCUGUGGAGCUCUGCAAGUGAAGAUGAAACCUAAAAUAACUCGUCCUCCCAUAAACAUAAAAAUAAUAGAAGGAUUAAAGGCAGUUCUACCAUGUACUACAAUGGGCAAUCCCAAACCAUCAGUGUCGUGGAUCAAGGGGGACAGUGCUCUCAGGGAAAACUCCCGCACUGCGGUUCUUGAAUCCGGGAGUUUAAGGAUUCAUAAUGUGCAAAAGGAAGAUGCAGGACAUUAUCGAUGUGUGGCAAAAAACAGCCUCGGGACGGCAUAUUCCAAGUUGGCGAAGCUGGAAGUUGAGGAAGAGAGUGAACCUGAGCAAGAUACUAAAGUUUUUGCCAGAAUCCUGCGGCCUCCUGAAUCCCACAAUGUCACCUUUGGUUCCUUUGUGACCCUGCGCUGUACAGCAACAGGCAUCCCUGUCCCCACCAUCACCUGGAUUGAAAAUGGAAACGCUGUUUCUUCUGGAUCCAUUCAAGAAAGUGUGAAAGACCGAGUAAUUGACUCAAGACUGCAGCUGUUUAUCACCAAGCCAGGACUCUACACAUGCAUAGCUACUAAUAAGCAUGGAGAGAAAUUCAGUACUGCAAAGGCUGCGGCCACCAUCAGUAUAGCAGAAUGGAGUAAACCACAGAAAGAUGACAAAGGCUACUGCGCCGAGUACAGAGGGGAGGUGUGUAAUGCUGUCCUGGCAAAAGAUGCUCUUGUUUUCUUCAACAACUCCUACGCAGACCCUGAGGAGACCCAAGAACUACUGGUCCACACUGCCUGGAUUGAACUGAAAGCAGUGAGCCCAUUCUGCCGGCCGGCUGCUGAAGCUUUACUGUGUAACCACAUCUUCCAAGAAUGUAACCCUGGGGUGGCACCUACUCCUACACCCAUUUGCAGAGAAUACUGCCUGGCAGUAAAGGAGCUCUUCUGUGCAAAAGAAUGGCUAGCGGUGGAAGAAAAGACCCACAGGGGACUCUACAGAUCUGGGAUACAUCUGCUCUCCAUGCCGGACUGCAACAAACUCCCCAGCAUGCACUGGGACCCCAUGGCCUGUACCAGACUGCCAUAUUUAGCAUUCCCACCAAUGACGUCCUCAAAGCCGAGUGUGGACAUUCCAAACGUGCCUCCCUCUUCCCUGUCUUCCUCCUCUGUCUCACCUACAUACUCCAUGACUGUAAUAAUCUCCAUCAUGUCCAGCUUUGCCAUAUUCGUGCUUCUUACCGUAACCACUCUUUAUUGCUGCCGAAGACGAAAACAAUGGAAAAAUAAGAAAAGAGAAUCAGCGGCUGUAACCCUCACUACUCUUCCUUCUGAGCUCCUGCUAGACAGACUUCAUCCCAACCCCAUGUACCAGAGGAUGCCACUUCUUUUGAAUCCCAAAUUGCUCAGCCUGGAGUAUCCCAGGAAUAACAUUGAAUAUGUGAGAGAUAUUGGAGAGGGAGCAUUUGGAAGGGUCUUUCAAGCAAGGGCUCCAGGCUUACUUCCUUAUGAACCUUUCACAAUGGUGGCAGUGAAGAUGCUCAAAGAAGAAGCCUCAGCAGAUAUGCAAGCAGACUUUCAGAGGGAAGCAGCCCUCAUGGCAGAAUUUGAUAAUCCUAACAUUGUGAAACUCUUAGGCGUGUGUGCGGUGGGGAAGCCCAUGUGCCUGCUCUUUGAAUACAUGGCCUACGGGGACCUCAAUGAGUUCCUCCGCAGCAUGUCCCCUCACCCCGGACGCAGCCUCAGUCCCAGCGACCUGACCCGCGGGGCGCAGGCCUCCAGCCCCGGCCCGCCGCCCCUUUCCUGUGCCGAGCAGCUGUGCAUCGCCAGGCAGGUGGCCGCCGGCAUGGCUUACCUCUCCGAACGCAAGUUUGUCCACCGGGAUUUGGCCACCAGGAACUGCCUUGUGGGUGAGAAUAUGGUGGUGAAAAUCGCCGACUUUGGCCUCUCUAGAAACAUCUACUCGGCUGACUACUACAAAGCCAACGAAAACGACGCCAUCCCCAUCCGUUGGAUGCCCCCGGAGUCCAUCUUCUACAACCGCUAUACCACGGAGUCUGAUGUGUGGGCCUACGGGGUGCUCCUGUGGGAGAUCUUCUCCUACGGCCUGCAGCCCUACUACGGAAUGGCCCACGAGGAGGUCAUCUGCUACGUGCGGGACGGCAACAUCCUCUCCUGCCCAGAGAACUGCCCCCUGGAACUGUACAAUCUGAUGCGUCUGUGUUGGAGCGAGCUGCCCGCAGACAGGCCCAGUUUCACCAGCAUCCACCGAAUCCUGGAACGCAUGUGCGAGCGCGCAGAGGGGAGUGUGGGUGUCUGAGGUCGAAGAUGGGCAGGUAGAACUCUCCAGUCUCCUCUCGGACUCUAGGAGCCUGCGGAGUCCAACACCAGAGGCCCAAGGAGACCCAGAUAGGAAAUAAUAGUAGCAGGCAUGGGUACCAUGCUGUUUGUUUCUCAGAAAAAAAAAAAAAAAGACAGGGCAGAACUCCUGGGGUGGGUGGAAAGUGGGUGAUGGGAAAGGCAGGGGAGGAAAAAUGUCAGAUAAUUGGAGAUAACUACUCUUCCUCAUGGGGAAAGUUUGUAUUAUAGACUGUACAGGAAAGCAUGUCAUCCUGUUCAGUUCCUGAAUUAGCUGGCAGCAGAGUAAGACUCUGCUGUAUUAAAUUUUGAUACAAAACGCAGCUGAGAACUCCAUUUUUAAUGGAGUUCAUUCUCGUCCAUUAGGAAGGUAGCGUAUCUUCCUGUAAGAAGUUUAGCUCAAGCACAGAAAACUACAAAGGGAAAACCAUUUAUCAUCUCCUCACCCAAAGACGGGUGUUGGUUUUUUAUUCAAUAUUUCUUGAGUUUAACGCACACUUUUAUAUUUGUUCGUAUUCUACAGAGUUGUGGCUUACUUUAUUGAUAGAAGGUUUCCAAGGAAUAAAAUGAUAAAUCAGCAAGGCUAUAUUCUUAUUGUGAUAAGAAAUAAGUUCCCUUUUUCUGUCUUUGUGUUUCUUCUUUAGAAGUUUCUCCUUUGUGUGCACUUGUCAUGAAUUUACUCUGCUUAUUUUAUUCCUACAUUUUCUUUUCUGAAAAAAAUCUUUUGUGGCUGAUUAAUUUACCUUUUUCUUUGAAAGUUUUUUUGGUACUUUUUCUUUGCUCUUAUCUUUAUUUCUUCCUUUUUUCAGAACUCGGUUCUUUUUUGGUUAUUUUUUCUUUUUAUUUCAUCCAUACGACGAACACCCUGGCAGAAAUAAUAACCUUCUAAAUAACAUUGUGGACUAUUACGUAUGUACCUUUUGCAAAGUAUUACCAUUUUCUUCUGCACUUGCUUUUGAAGCUACACAUUUUAAAGUUGUCAUCCAUUACUUCUAUUGCCACAGUCUAUUAAAUCUCUUUAUAAAGCAUAGUUUAUAAUAUGGGAUUCUGCAAGAUGCUCUUGUGGCUCUGAGUUAUUUCAAACCUGAUGUUUGUGCAUUCUGACAUUUUUUUCCUUCUAGAAACCAAUUUGAUAGGCAGUGGCAUUAACGCAGGGCUGCUUAUCAACUUUCUGCAUGACUGUUCACCUAUCUUGUUACAUCUUAUGAUUCUUACAAAGAAAAAAAAAACCCCUCAGGAAGUCAGGUUCUUGGUGCACAAGAUUUCUCAGUGGUGCCCACACAAUAUAGCUUUAUCUGACGCCAACACGGAUGAUGUGAGUCUCUCCUGAUAUAGUAUGAACCCAAAUUCUCCCGAAAAGUAAAUAAACAGGGAAGAGAAAAUAGCAGUCUACCCUGUAUCAGCUUACUUUCAUUCAACCUAAUUGGUAGUUAGGGCAAUGGAGAAAUGGUCUGAAUUCUUGAAAGUAGAUUUUCAACUGCUUCUGGAAGACGCUACCUAAAAUCUCCAAAGGCACCUGCAUGCAAAACCUUUUUCACCUUUGCUGGAAAACCUGCCAUUUUCUUGUUCAUAGUCAUUCCAGGCAACCAAGACAAAAACACAGACUUGUCCCUCUCCUUCACCCAUGAAAACUCAUGUGUGUGUCAUAUAUGCUCUGCAAACGUCAAAGACGUCUUCAGUUUUCCUCAGCUGACAGAGUUUUAUUAUAAAAGAAAGACAUGGAAGUCAGGCCAAUCAGAAAAACUACUCCAUAGAAAAGCAGGGUCAGGACAGUUAGAGUUACUUGGAGGACCUGCCAUGGGGCUAGUGCUGCUGGGAACGUGUUGCCCCUCAGACCGGUUUCCAUUGCCCUGUUCUGCUGUCUGCUGCUUUGAGCUGUGCUCUGUUUCCCUCCCCAUUGCUGGAUAACUGCCCUUACUUUCCUGUCUCUUCCACAUGCCUUCCACAGCCUCAUAGAUUCUCUGUGUGUCUUUUAGGCUCUGCUAUUUAAGAUUUCAAAGCAAAAAAGUCAGAGAGACAUAGGUAACUACAGUCAGUGAAUGAGUACGUGAGCAAGCAAGGAACUGUUAUAUAGACCAUCCAAUUUUACUAAAUAUUUAAAGGAACUGAAAACUAAAAUAACAACUAGAAAUCCAUUAUAGUAACAAUAGUAAUACCAUCAACUAGCAUUUACGGAAUGCUUACUCUAAGGCCUAUAUAUAUAUAUAUAUAUAUAUAUAUAUAUUUUUUUUUUUUUUUAAGCUGGUAGGAAUAUUUAAUUGGCAUUUUGAUGAACUGGCAGAGUCUGCUGGCUGUGGACUAGCAUACGAGUGAAAAAAUCCUGGAGGGUACAGAUUUAAGGAAAUCCCAUAACUUUUGUGAGAUUUACCUCCAAGAACUUAACCAGGUAUCAUGUAACAAAGUCCUACAUUCCAUGGGAAAGAAUUUGACAGUGUUGUCUCAGCUAGUGGAAGAUAAUUACUGCUUAGUCCAGAUUCUUCCAGCUUUUAUGUCUCACCUAAGGAGAAACAUUUCAGUUAAAAAGGGUGAGGACUUCAA